CUAAUUAAGUCUCGGCCGGGAUAAUCCAGCGGCCGAUCGCUGUCAUCUCCCCGGCCGGCGCAAUCACUCUCAGCAUCCCUAUCGAGGCGGCGGCGCGCGUGCGAGCGUCGAAGGGCGGCCGAGGUGGCAAACACAGGUGCGCGACCGCAGCGCAAAAAAGGCGCUUGCGCUUUUGGGGCCGGACGCGCGGCGACCGCCGCCGCCGCCGCCGCCGCCGCCGCGGAAGAGGCGCGGUGUACGCUUACCGCCGCCGCCGCGAGGUCCGAUCGGAAAAGCGGGAAGCAGGCAUUACGAGCGAGUGAUCGCGAGGACCACCGGUUCUCUGUCGCGCGCGCGCGCGCGCCCGCCGGCGUAACCCAACGCGGCCGCGCGCAGCGCCCGACAAAUGUGUCGUGCGAGGCUGACUGAGCGAUUAGUAUCCCGUGUCACGACGACGGCGACGACGACGACCAGCCAGCGAGGGAUGCUCCGCGCUUGGCCGCGCCGCGACUCAGUCAGUUGGCCGACGCUCGCCAAGCGGCUCGCACUGGCCGCAGUCGCGGUGACCUACGCCGAGGCCGUGAAUGAGCGGCGGACGCCGAGCGCGCUCGUUGCGCCUGAGAUGACGACGGCCCCGCGAGGCGGUGAUAGUGGCUGCCGUCGCUCGCGUUGUCCCGGCAACCGGAGGGGCUGGACCGCUUGAUAAGCAGCGCAGCAGCCGAUAGGACGGCGACGGCAGGCGGCGAGUGCGCAUAUGCAGGCAUGUUCCUCAGGGAGGCCGACGAGCACAAUUUCACCGCCGAGAUGGAGUUCCUACACAGCCAUCAUUCCGCCAACAGCUCCGAGUCGCCCUACACCCUCGGCGCCGGCUCGGUUGGAAGCAUCGAGGCGAGCAUACCGUCGGCGCUGUGCGGCGGUGGUGGGCUGAGCACAGAGGACGACGGCGGUGGCGGUGCGGUAAAUCCGGCGGACGCAGACCCGGGCGACGGCGAGGACAACGGGGACAAUGGUCUGGCGAGCUGCCUGAGGCUGCAGGACUUGGCGGUGACGGGCGGCGAGAUCCACAGCGUGCAGAGCGCCAACGCGGCCGCGGCCGCGGCCUCGCAGCUCGUCGGCGAGUUCGCCACCAGCUUCUGGGUCGACGACAUGGCCGGGUUCCCGCUGCCGCCCCUCGACCUCGAUCCCCUGCCGCCGGGACUCUUCUCGCCCUGUUCCGGCGGAUACAAUUGGGGUUGCGCGAGAGGCGACUGCAUGCCGCGUCCAGGCAACCUGAACGGCGAGGGCAUGGCGGACGUGCUGCUGUCCUUGAAGCACGCGGUGGUGCACCCGGCGAGCCCGACCGGCGGCUACUACUCGUCGACGACGACGACGACGCCCGUCUCGCACUCGGGCUACGGCUCGCAGGACUACGGCCAGAACCUCGGCGGCCCGGCGGCACCGACGCACUACUCGCAGCAGCCGGCCAUGUCCGUCAACGUGUCCAUGAACAUGACCAUGAACAUGAAUAUGAACAUGAACAUGCACCCGGGCUACGAGCAGAAUUACGGGAGUCCGUGGGGCGUGGAGCCGGCAUUGCUGAGUCCCGCCCCCCAGUACGCGGGGGUCGAGCAUCCGCAGCAGAGGGUGAAUCAAGCGGCGGCCAAUAGCCUUGCGGCGGCGGCCGCCGUUGCCGCCGCGGCGACCACUGCCGGCAGCGCCGGCGCGACUCAGCAGCAGCAGCAGCCGCCGCAGCAGCAGCAGCAGCAGCAGCAACAACAGCAACCGCAGCAGCAGACCGGCAGCGCGCAGCAGGAGAAUCACACGCUCUGCGCUGCUGCAGCCGCCGCCGGCGCCGGCCUCGCUCAGCUGUCCCUCGGCGCUCAGGACGAGCAGGCCCGGCCCAACCUCUGCAGGAUAUGCGGCAAGACCUACGCCAGGCCCAGCACGCUCAAGACCCACCUCAGGACGCACUCCGGGGAAAAGCCCUUUAGGUGUCACGCGUGCUCGAAGGCGUUCAGCCAGGCGGCAAAUCUGACUGCGCACGCGAGGACGCACUCGGGCGAAAAGCCCUUUCGCUGCCCAGUCUGCGAACGGAGAUUCUCACAGAGCAGCUCCGUCACUACGCAUAUGAGGACGCAUUCCGGCGAACGGCCCUACAGGUGUCGACACUGCAAGAAGGCCUUCUCGGACAGCUCGACGCUCACGAAGCACUUGCGCAUCCAUUCGGGCGAAAAGCCGUACCAGUGCAAGCUGUGCCUGCUGCGCUUUAGCCAAAGUGGCAAUCUCAACAGGCACAUGAGGGUCCACGGCGGCUCUUUACCGCGCUUGCCAUCGCCAUGAUGACGACACGGCGUCAGCAGCUGCUUCGUCGACAUCCACAACGAACCAAUUUGAGAAAACAAAACAAACGUUUAUCUACUAGUCGAAACCAAAAAUUUUUUCGAGUUUUUUCAUUGUAAGAAUAGCAAAAAGCAAGCAAACGACAAAACAAACAAAACAAAACAAAUGAAAGGGCGGCCGUUUAAUUCAAACACCACAGCACCGCUGAUUAUUGUACAAAUA